CCGGCUACUUGCCGCCUGUCUUCGCUGCGCACUCGGCAGUCACUCGGACACCGGAGAACCCGAAGCGCUGGAUUCAAGUGUUUAACCCGGUUUGUUUGAGACACUCGGUUCCUGCAGGUCCAACAGAAACACUGCAGGGAUGGGCGGGGAUCUGCAUGGCUGACGGACAGGAGCGAGGACCAAUCACAUGAUAAGAUGCUGGCUCGUAACCGCUUCCUCCUCCUGGUGGCAGUGGGCGGGGCAGCGAUAGCCAUCAUCAGCCUGAGCCUGCAGUUCUUGAACCUGAUCCCCACCACUCCCGUGCUGGACGAGCGACCGGUCCAGGCUGCAGAGAGAGGUGUAGGGAGGGCUCUGGGGAAGAGCAGGAAGAGAGUGUUCCCGGCGCCUCACACCCUGGAGCCCAACCCCAUCACUGAGGCUUACAGCUUUUGCAACACCCCCAACCGCACCGAACAGGCCUGGGAGGGUCACAGUCCUGCUGACUACAAGCUGCUGUCUGUCCAAGUGAUGAUUCGCCACGGGGACCGCUACCCUCUCUACUACAUCCCCAAGACCAAGCGGCCCGCCAUCGACUGCACCUUGUCCAUCAGCAGGAAGCCGUCCCACCCCCUGCUGAACCCCUUCAUCCACCACAUGGGGCAGGGGGGUCGCGGCCACUGGGAGUCACCAUUGGGCUCAGUGCCCCGUCUGCCCAACCACAGCGCCUGUGAGAUGGGAGAACUCACGCAGACAGGUGUGGUGCAGCACCUCCGCAGCGGGCAGCUCCUCCACCAAGCCUACAAGCGGCACAACUUCCUCCCCUCAGACUGGGCGCCCCGCCAGGUGUGGGUUGAGACCACAGGUAAGAGCCGCACUCUCCAGAGCGGACUGGCCUUCCUCUACGGCCUCCUGCCGGACUUUGAUUGGACGAAACUGACCACGCGGCACCAGUGGAGCACGCUGUUCUGCGGCUCGGCCUGCGACUGCCCCGCUAGGAACAGAUUCCUGGAGGAAGAGCAGAAGAGGCAGUAUCGGCUCCGAGUGAGCGACACCGAGCUCGAGAGGACUUACUCGGACAUGGCGCGGACUUUAGGUUUGCUCACCCGCCAGCUCCGAGCUGCAAACCCGAUAGACUCCCUGCUGUGCCACCUGUGCCACGGCAUUUCUUUCCCGUGUGUUCCCACGGGCGACGGCACCGGCGGAUGUCUGACGAUGGCGCAGUUUGCCGUAAUCCGUCGUCAGCAGCUAGACGAUGAGGCGGAUCGGAGGAGAGUGGGGCUGUACCAUAAGUACGCCAUCCUGGCCAUGUACCCCUACCUCAACCGGACCGCCGCCAAGAUGGAGCGCGUUGCCAAGGAUAACGAGGCAGGCAGACAGCGGCGUGCGGGAGGCGAGGAGGUCUUCAGCCUCUCCUCCGCCCACGACGUUACCAUGGCGCCGCUGCUGAGCGCACUGGGCGUGGAGGAGGCGCGCUUUCCACGCUUUGCAGCAAGGGUAGUGUUUGAACUGUGGAAGAGUCCCGCGGCCGUGCAAGGACCGCCGAAGAAGAGAGCCGGCAAAGGUGAGAAGUCGAAGGCGAGAGACGGGGAGCUCUUCAUCAGGGUGCUGUACAACGGCGAGGACGUGACGUUUCACACCACCUUCUGUCGCUCCCACGACCGCCACGCCAGCCAGCCGCUCUGCCCUCUGAGGAACUUCCUGUCGUUUGUGAGGAGAGACAUGUUCAGUGUGGUCAACGCCACAUCCUACCAGGAGGCCUGCUACAGGCGCCCCGGGUGACAGAUGGAGAGGAUGGCGCCCGAGUGAGGAUGGCGUUCAGCAGACGGUUCGACUUUCUUCUCUUUUUUUUUUUUCUUUUUUUUUUUAGCUCUUUUCCACUUUUGAAGACGGUGCACUUUUACGCUGCUCGUAGUUUCCUAAACAUUCAACAUGUUUCUAAAUAUAGACCUUUACACACACACACACACACACACACACCCACACACACACACACACACACACACACACACCCACACACACCCCCACACACACACACACACACCCACACACACCCCCCCCCCCCACACACACACAGUAACAUCAGUAUCUAACCUUCUUUGAACGCUGUAUGUUUUGUGUAAUUUAAGGGAAGUUUGACGGCACGUCGUCACUUUAUUCUACAUCCCAUAAACCCACGGACUCGUUCGAUUCCAGUUUUCCAAAAAAUGCUUGAAAGAAAAGGGAACAUGGAAACUGGAAGUGAUCUGCUGGUUUAAUCUUUCCUGGGAAAUAUUCUGUGUACAAUAAAUCUUUUCAAUGAAAACGACACUUUGGGAACAUUAUGACUCAUUCGUCACUUUUGUUUCUUUGGUUUGUUGUUUUAGUAAAACUAA